CCCCAACUACCUUCGCCACAAAACAUUCCGGUGCAGUUACAAAUCUCUACACAGAAUCGCUCAGAGCCACGUUUCUUCUUCGUUCGUUGUUCCACUGAUUACGAUUACAGCCUUCUGGUUAUGAUAGCUUCCGGUCGCCGUCGAAUUCUGAGCCUAAGCUCUUCUUCAGCCGUCGGCUUUCCUCGCCUCCGAUUUGUUCGUUACCGCCGACUGAGGUGAUCCGAACCACCCCCGCAGUUUAUCUCUCUGCUCUCAACUUAGCCUCUUUUGCUUGGUUACAUAUAAUUUCCAAUGCCUACCUCCAAAAACAACCGCACCGGCCACAUUGAGGCUUGCCGGAGAGGAAAGUUAGGCAAUAAAUCAUCUUCGUUUCACGGCCAGAGCGCCGCGAUGGCGGCGAUGUCCUCUCAACUGCGCCGACCAAAGACUGUGCCGGACCUCGCCCCGCAUAGAAAGAACGCCGGGUCGACGCCGGAUGGGAGCCUGCCCCGGCAACCGCCAAAGCUGCUGCUUCACGUAACUGUUCUGGGAAGCCUGGGACCGGUUAAGGUCGUGAUGACGCCGGAAUCAAAAGUGGGUGAUUUGGUGGCGGCGUCGGUCCGACAGUACCUGAAAGAAGGUCGCCGGCCGAUCCUGCCCGCCACCGAUCCCUCCGCCUUUGACCUCCAUUACUCCCAGUUCAGCUUAGAAAGUCUGGAUAGAGGGGAGAAGCUGAUGGAGCUCGGGUCAAGGAAUUUUUUGCUGUGCCCGAGAAAGCAGACGUCAGGCACGGCGGAGGGUGGCGGCGGGGAAGGCGGAAGCGUAACGACCGCGUUUGGAUCGUGCUCGAAAGAGGCGGAGCGUGUUGGCAAGAGUGGGUUUGCUUGGCUUAAGUUGUUGGAUUUCUUGCUGUGAGAUUGGUUAGCAUCCGCGGGCACCGCUAACCUCUCUCUCGGUCGGCGGCAAUGUCCCUGUACAUAUUGGUCCCACUUUAAGCUGUUGUGAGCAUGCACAGUGCAAUUAAUCCUGCAUGUCACAUAAUUGUUCCUUUCUCGGUCGCUAGUAUGCUAUUCCUCGUCAAGAAUUUGAUUACAGUUGGUGCAACGUAACUUGACGAGAUGACUCUGUCACGGUGCAUUGCUUUAUUGCUGUUAGCCUAAAGGAUGUCUGAAGGAUGAUGAAGAUGAGGAAAUUAGGGGUUUUUUUAUUUAUUCUGAUUUAAUUAGAAAAUGAUGUUGUGCCGAAUAUCGCUCUGCCUUUUUACCAGAUUCCACGCGCAUAUGGUGGCCUGUAUCGUUCAUCUUGACCGUCUCGAAAAUGAUUGGACAGUGAGAUUAUAUAAUGCUUUUAUGCUGC